GUGUUCGUCACCAGUGCAGAUUUCCACAGAUAAUGGAGGACUCCAUGCCUGAAGAUAUUGGACCAUGGUAUUCACAAAAAGUAUAUGCAAGAUACUGGAAGCAUUACAACCAAGCUAUGCAGUGGAUGAACAGGCACAAAAUUGCUUACAGAAAAGCGAUGUGGCCCUUGUAUCAUCAAUCCUUCUUCCCUUCUGAGCAUUCCAGUAGACGUUACUCUGACUGGGAUGGAGGUAACCACUUGAGAGAUGGACCGUAUUCUGCCUACAGCCACAGUAGCAGGCACGGGCACCCACCCAGGCCUCAGCUUACAUCUCGUGGCAACAACACAUCAGUGUACAGAGAUUCCAAAACAGAAAACGAGUCUGAAGAUGAAGAGGCUAUAGAGUGUGAUCUGAGCAACAUGGAAAUCACAGAAGAACUCCGCCAGUAUUUUGAACAGACUGAGAGGCACAGGGAAGAGCUGCGAAAACAGCAGCAGCUUGAGGCAGAACACCAGGACACGUAUGUCGAAGCGGACCACGACCUUCACCCGUCAAUUGGCCGAUCAGCCCAGCCUCCAGCUGAAAAGCCUGGCGAGAGGAGGCUGGCUGAAAUGAAAAAGCUCUAUGGAGUUGGUGCCAGCAAAAUCCAAGCUAUGGAGACCACCAUGCAACUCGGCUUUGAUAGGAACUGUGAUAAAAAGCAGCCCAAGUACUGGCCAGUUAUUCCACUGAAACUGUGAGCUGUGUGUUUUGAUCCCUUUAAGGAGACUCAGGGCUGCAUAUCUUGACGCUCAACCAAGCAGAAGGAUUAAGCGAAUGAAUCCACAGUCAGCAAAAAAAAAAGAGCCUUUUUUAUUUUCCUUUCCCCUUUCCAAUUCUGCUUUGAAUCCGUCAGCCAGCUUCCAGCGUUCGUUCCAGCUCAACAGGAAGAGCUGAAUUGGUCAUUUGUACUGUAGGGAAUACAGAAAAUUCACUUCUUCUCAAGAAUGUAUAUUUCAACUAAUUGUA